AUGAUCCACCGCGAAGUAGCCGAUGGUCUAGAGCGUCUUUGGAACGUAAGAGUAAACUGCAUAUGGGAAGCCGAUGAAAGUAGUCGCCAUGGAGAGGUUUAUAUAUUCGACCAUGUAUUUAAUCAGGAAUGUACAAAUUCAGAUGUAUAUGGAUCUGUAGUAAAACCUUUAGUCGAUUCCUUCAUGGAAGGUUUCAAUGCCACAAUAUUUGCAUAUGGCCAAACAUCUUCUGGCAAAACACACACCAUUUUGGGCAAUAAAACAGAUCCUGGGCUUUUCCAAUUAGUAUCCAAUCAGUUAUUCCAGCAUGUGGCAGACCAGGUUGAUAAGAGGUACUUGAUUAGAUGCAGUUAUAUUGAAAUCUACAAUGAAAAGAUCAAUGACCUCCUGGAUAAGAGCAAUCAGGGUUUAACUAGAGAAGAUAUCAAAGGAAAUGUGCUGCUUGAUGCAAGGGAAGCUGUCGUAGACAAUGUUGAUAAAGUUAUGGAGAACAUGAUGCAGGGCAAUAAGAUCAGACGAGUUGCAGCUACUCGCAUGAAUGAGAGGUCAUCUCGAUCACACACGAUUUUCCGGAUUAUUCUGGAGUCGAAAGAUGCCAAUCAGAAAGAUGGACCUGUACAUAUAAGCUACCUUAACUUAAUGGACUUAGCUGGUUCUGAGAGAGUUUCUCUGACGAAAGCUGCUGGUGAGCGUCUUAAAGAGGGGGCUAACAUAAACAAAUCUUUGUCAGUAUUAGGAAAUGUGAUAAGGCAACUAAGCGAGGGGAAGGAGUUUAUCAGUUAUCGCGAUUCGAAAUUGACUAGACUGCUCUCACAGGCUCUUGGCGGUAAUGCCAAAUCAUUGAUUAUCGGGAAUGUUACUUUAGCUGCAGAGGAGACUAGAUCUACACCAGAAUUCGCCCAAAGCACUAAAACUGUCAAAAAUAAAACGAAAGUAAACAUCUUGUCAGCUACAGAAGAGCACUUCAAGGAUAUCAGAACUUGA